UGUUUCUCUUCCUGUCCCAAAACUUACGGCCACGUGUGUGAAUGUUCCCGGCGGACGUUUCGGAUUUCAUCUCUAUUAAUAGUGGCACUUGCGCGCAGGCAGGCCUCAAAUGUCACAAGUGUGCCAUUGGCGGCUUCCGUAUGGCGUCAAAAUGAACAAACGGAGCAUUGCCUUUGACCAUUCACAGCGUGCUCAUCUGCUGUGAUGUCAUAGCGCUGUCGUCGUUCUCCGUAUAGGUCCUCUGGAGGCCAACCUCCUCCUCCCCCUCCCCCCUCUGCCCGCCGUGUCUCUGGCAGGAACUAGGGCAGCUCGUCGUCUGUCGAGGAAAGUCCGCACCGAGACCCGGACGCCAUGUCGCCCUUCCUGCGCAUCGGCUUCUCCAACUUUGAGAUGGACCCGGGCCUGGAGUACCAGGAGGAGGUGCUCAACCCCUACUGCGCCGUUUACAUGAAGGAGGCCGUCGAUACAGCAGAAAAGGGCCCGGUGUUCAAGCAGAAGAAGCCCACCAUGUACCCCCCGUGGAGCACCACCUUUGACGCGCACGUGCACCGCGGGCGCCUCAUGCACGUGAUGGUGAAGGACCGCACGGCCGAGCUCAAGUCGGAAGCCACCGUGGAGCUGGACUCGCUGGCCUCGCGCUGCAAGAAGGAGAACGGCCGGCUGGAGAUGUGGUUGGAGUUGAAGCCGCAGGGCCGCCUGCUCAUGGAGGCUCGAUACUACCUGGAGAUAAGCGACGCGGCGGCGAAGGCUGACGGCGAAUGUGAGCGCGAGGCUCCGUUUGCCCUCCAUCAUCGGCGCGGCGCCAUCAAACAGGCCAAAAUUCACGAGGUCAAGUGUCACGAGUUCAGCGCCACCUUCUUCCCGCAGCCCACCUUCUGCUCCGUCUGCAAAGAGUUUGUCUGGGGUCUCAACAAACAAGGUUACCAGUGCAGACAGUGCAACGCCGCCAUCCACAAGAAAUGCAUCGACAAGGUCAUCGCCAAGUGCACGGGCUCGGCCGUCAACAGCAAGGAAACCAUGAUCCACAAGGAGCGCUUCAAGAUCGACAUGCCGCACAGGUUCAAGGUGUACAACUACAAGAGCCCCACCUUCUGCGAGCAUUGCGGGACCCUCUUGUGGGGGCUGGCCAAGCAGGGCCUCAAAUGUGACGAAUGCGGCAUGAACGUCCACCACAAGUGCCAGAAGAAAGUGGCCAACCUGUGCGGGGUCAACCAGAAACUGAUGGCCGAAGCGCUGGCCGUCAUCGAGAGCAAGCAGCAGGCCAGGAGCACCAGAGAAAGCGACGUGGUCGGACGGGAAGGUCCCGUGGACAUCAACCGACUGAUGCGCUCCAGUGCGGCGGAAAGCGCGGCUUCGGCGACGCCUGCGUGUAAAGUAGAGGCGCAGGGUAUUUCCUGGGAGGGGCCGGCCGUCUCCGACACGCCGGCGGCGCGAGAACACGUUUACGAUUUGCCGUCGCUGGGUCGGCCCAAGUUCUGCCUCGACGACUUUGUUCUGCACAAGACGCUCGGCAAAGGCAGCUUUGGCAAGGUGUUCUUAGCCGAGCUGAAAAAGAGCGGCGAGUUUUUCGCCGUCAAGGCUCUGAAGAAGGACGUGGUUCUGAUGGACGACGACGUGGAGUGCACCAUGGUGGAGAGGAGGGUCCUCUCUUUAGCCUGGGAAAACCCCUUCCUCACUCAACUGCACUGCACCUUCCAAACCCAGGAGAACCUGUUCUUCGUGAUGGAGUACCUGAACGGAGGCGACCUGAUGUUCCACAUCCAGAAGUGUCACAAGUUCGACCUGCACCGAUGCACCUUCUACGCCGCCGAGAUUGUCUGUGGCCUUCAGUUCCUGCACUCCAGAGGAAUCAUCUACAGGGACCUGAAGCUGGACAAUAUCUUGCUGGACUCGGAGGGACACGUCAAGAUCGCAGACUUUGGGAUGUGCAAGGAGAAGAUGUCGGAGGAGGCCCGCACGUCCACUUUCUGCGGGACGCCCGACUACAUUGCUCCCGAGAUCCUGCUGGGCCAGAAGUACAACCGCUCGGUGGACUGGUGGUCCUUCGGCGUCCUGCUGUACGAGAUGCUCAUCGGUCAGUCUCCCUUCCACGGCCGGGACGAGGAGGAGCUCUUUCAGUCCGUCCGCACCGACGACCCGGCGUACCCCCGCUGGCUGACCCGAGACGCCAAGGACAUCCUCAUCAAGCUGUUUGUCAGGGAGCCCGAGGAGCGGCUGGGAGUCAUGGGAGACGUCAGGCAGCACGCCUUCUUUGGCGCCACCGACUGGAAGGCCCUGGAACAGCGCAAGGUGCCGCCGCCCUUCAAGCCCACUUUGACGUCCCCCAGCGACUGCAGCAACUUUGACAAAGAGUUCAUCAACGAGAAGCCGCGCCUGUCGUGCGCCGACCGCACGCUCAUCAACAGCGUGGACCAGACCAUGUUCUGCAACUUCUCCUUCGUCAAUCCGGUUCAGGCGGCGCGCUGAUCUCCCCCGCCGCCGCCGAACGAGCAGACUUUAAGGCGGUCCAUUUCGGGCCAAAAACUGACAGGUCACUUUGCAGUUGUCCAAUAAGUGGCGCAACUGCUCAGACCUCGCGAGUAGGAAAAUGUUGACCUCCGUUUAUACAUUUGGAUGACCUCCGAAGUGUCCACGUCGUUUCGUCCCGUUGUCGCUGAUUAAACACGUGCUUCAUGAUC